AGCUUUCACCACUGACACGACGUUUUCCAUCACUGGCGGCAUCAAUAAAGUUCUGUUCUCUAUUGUUUUUAUUGAAUUUUGAUCAGUUUUUCCGGGUCAUAUAGCAUACGAUGGCGCCGCAGCCGGUGGUUACGGGGCUAUCUCCGAAGGAGGGUCCUCCUGGCACCCGCGUCAUCAUUCGCGGCGAAUUUCUGGGCACCCGGGUGCAAGAUCUAAUUGGUCUGAAAAUUUGCGGUUCCGAUUGCCUGCUGUCGGCGGAGUGGAAAUCACCCAAUAAAAUCAUCGCACGCACUGGUCCGGCGAAGGGAAAAGGCGACAUCAUAGUGACCACUUUGAGCGGUGGAGUGGGCACGUCCACGGUUCAGUUCCGUGCCUACCACGAGACCAUUGGUCCACUCAAGGAGUCCGCCGUCUGGAUCGAGGAGUCGCCCUCGCAAAAUUUUGCCUGGGGUCGACGCACCCUGGCCCAAUCCGGACUGACGCAGGAGGAUCCACUUGGACUAUCCAUCGAGGGUAACGAGCAGAAGAUCCCCGAGGACUUGCGCGAUCUCUUUCCCGAAGCCUGCGGGGAUCUGUCGCAGGAGCACUUCUCUCCGGCCUGGUUCCUGCUUGAGAAUCACCUGGCCACCUCCUUCGAGGAUCUCAAGGCGGGCCUGUCCUAUUUAAAACGGAAAGUGGAGAGCCAAAAGGAAGGUCAGCUUUCCUUCCUGAAGUCCAAUGCAGGCUCGGUGAUUGACCAGCUCGAUACGCUUAUGAACAUCCGGGACAAGCUGCAGGAGGAUGUCAAGCUGCACGGCAAUGAGACCCUAAAUAUCUUGGAAACGUCCAUAGAGAACUCCAUUAGCGAAUCGCAAAAGAUAUUCACGGAUGUCCUGGUGCGCAAAGAAAAGGCGGAUUCCACGCGGUCCGUUCUGUUCGCCCUGUCGCGGCACAAGUUCCUCUUCUGUCUGCCCAAUUCGGUGGACAGACGAGCCAAGGCGGGUGAAUACGACAUUGUGGUUAACGACUACUCGCGCGCCAAGAAUCUCUUUGGCAAGACGGAGAUUCCCAUUUUCCGUAAGGUGCUCGAGGAGGUCGACCACAGGAUCCUGUCCAUUAGGAAACAGCUGCACGAGAAGGUGGUCAAGAUGCCACAGAGCGUGGAGCAACAGAAGAAGCUCAUCAAGGCGCUGAUCAGUCUGGAACUACAGCAGAGCGGAACCCCCAUUGGCGAUAAACUGCGCAACAUCGAUCCCGCCUGGGACGCCAUCGAGGCCAGAGCCAAAUAUCUGGAGUGGACAUUUCGCCAGACUUUUGACCAGCACACCAGCAAGGAUUCGGGUGCGCAGGAAAAGGCCAAGAACAGGGAUUCCAGCCAGGCGCCCAAUCGGGUUAACUUCUGCGAGGAACUGUGCGACAUUGCCGCCUCCCAGCUGCCGGACUUGUGGCGUCUGGGCCAGCUAUACUUCACCGGCGAGCUACGCGGUCCUCAUGAUCCCAAGCCAGGGGAUUUCAAGCGAAUGGUUUUGAACGCCAUCGAGAAGUUCUGUGUCUACUUGAGGUUGGCCAUCCUCAUUGCCACGGAUCAGCGCGCCCUGCGUCAGUCCAGCGGUUUGGCUUGGCCCAUCGGCUCCGCAUCGGCAACACACCAGUUUCUACCCUGGAUUCCGCAGUGCCUGCGCUUCACGAGGAUAGCCUACGCCACGCUCAUAAGUCUGGAUCUGCCCUCGGAAGCGCUGGACAUCAUACAGAAACUGAUCGAUGAGGUGCGACUUUUCUGCUUCUCAAUUAUCUUCAAACGGGCCACGGAUCGGUGCAAAAAGCUGGGCAGCCAGGAGAGCUGGGAACUGGGCGUGGAGGAGUAUCCAGGUGCCACAUUGCUACCCGCCGCCUUGGAAGCAUUGCUUAUCGAAACGCUGGACGAGGUGCAGUCUGUGUGCAUGCAAAGGGAGACCCGGGAGGGCAAUCUCCUCGAGCCGCAGUCGGAUGGACAGAGAGAGGUGACACAGCGACUACAAGAAUUCCUAUCCGCGUUUAGCGCGGUGAUCGAGGAGCUGGCCUUUCACUCCCACGACGAGGAGACGCCCACCCACAAUGUGUCGCAGCUACUUGGAUUCCCCAACGCCCAGCAGCCAGAUUCGGUUGCUGGAAGCGGCGGAGCAGCGGCUGUGACCUGGGAGCAGCGCAUGCUCUGUUGCCUGGCCAACUACGCGUACUGCAACAAGAUCUUCUUCCCUCGCCUUGGUGACAUCUUCGUUCGCUACGGUUACCCGCUGCCCACGCUGGCAAUCGAAACUGCGCGCUACACGGUUAACCAGCUCUUUACCAAUCUUCUGGAGGAGUACGUCGAGCAUAAGGGCGAUCCGCUGGUCGGCACCAUCGAGCCCUCCAUGUAUCUGGGUCGUUUCCAGUGGGAUCACGAGAUGGAGAUCGGCCAGCUGCGUCCUUACGCUCACGAGUGCUGCGAUAAUUUGGUUGGUGUCUACUCCGAGAUCUACAGCAUCUCCCCGGCACUGCUGCGACCCAUCCUGGAGUCCAUUGUGCAAACAAUAUCCGAAGAGCUGGCCCGUCUGAUGAGCUGUGUCCAGCGGUUCAGCUUCACGGGAGCGAUUCAGGCCCACGUGGAUAUCCGUCUAUUGAGGGACUCCCUGGAAGGUUACGUCAAUGAGACUGCCAAGAACUACUUCAUGGAAGCGCUGGAGGCCAUCAAUCCGCCCCUGAGUGGCGAGCAGAAGCGAAAGGCGGACGAGAUUCUGGAGCGCGUCAAGCGGAACAUGCGUCUGCAGCUGCUCUGCUUUAGUGUCAAGGACCCCUAGGCACAUUCCACUGCAGGGCGCAGCCCAUGUAGAUAGCGUAUACUUUAACUAGCUUGUGAUUACCCGUGUUCUAGGGAUAAAUCUUUAUUCGAUUGCA